AGAUGGGACAGGUUUGCCUGCCACACGGAGCUGGGCAAACUCAAGACGAUUUUGUAAGAGAGAGCAAAGGUUCACCUGUUUGAGAGGUGGAAGAAGAGAUGAACAAGCAAAUCCUACUUCCCCAGAGAGAAUAAACACGGAUUCUAUGUUUGCCUGUGAGACGCAGAUUCUGCGGCAGCUGGCUGUACUGGUGAUGUGCCAUGGAUUAACAGUGGGUCAGAUCAUGUCACAGCACUUCCUUGUUCAGAGAGCUCUGUCCUGGCACCAGGCCCGGGAGUUUUGCCAGAGGCACUAUGUAGACCUGGCUGUCCUGAGCACUGAAGAGCAAUAUUUCAGCCUCCUGAAUGCUACUGCUGCUGAGAAAGUCAGCUUCUGGCUGGGUCUGCAGCGCCAGAGCACCUACAGCAUCUGGAAGUGGGUGGAUGGGCAAGAGCUGAGCUAUGAUCACUGGUACAGGGAAAAUUAUGAGGCCCGCUGUGCAAGUUUGGAGACGGUCCUGCAAAAAGACAAGCUGCUGGCUCGCUACUGUGUCGAGCCACACAGAUCUGUCUGUCAGGGUCCAGUUUCUCCACAGGAAGUGACGGUGGACUCGGUGGGGACGGAUCACGUCACUCUCACCUGGAAUGUGUCUGCGUUUAUGCAGAUGACACCACACAGUUACACAGUGACAGCAUGUACCACCAUAUGUGACACGUUCUUUUACCCCUACACGCCCGGCUCCACCUCCACCACUAUCAGCAUCUCCAACCUGACCUCAGGCACUGAGCUCUUCAUUGGUGUUGCUGCGUCUGUUGUCCGGCCUGACAACAUGACUGGUGAAAAUGUCACCCAUCAAAGUGGCUUUACAACUGUAAAAGUCAAGACAGCAUUACCUGGUCCACAGUACAAAGUGAGAGUCACCCUGCUCAAGUUGUUCAAGCUUUUGUCUCUGGGUCCUCCACUUUGGGUUCUAUAUCGUAUCCUCAAGAAAGACGCUACUAAGCUGUCAAACCCUGAACCCUUCUCAGAAGACUUCUCUACUGAAGACACCAUCGUUGAACUGAUCCCCGAGGAGGAGGGUGGCAAAUAG